UUUCCACAUGGAGAUGUGAUGGCGGGAAUACAAAUAAAAACAUUCUCUUGUUUAACGCAAUAUGGCAUCAAUAUUAGAGUAUAUUUUGAGUGGAGAGCUUCCAGUGGACACCCUGGUGUCAUUUUUGAAAAGAAGCCCAACUAAUGAGAUUGUUACACAGAAGGAGAAUAUUCCAAUUCAACUGACUGAGUUCAACCAUUUGCAUCAAGAAUUCAUUCCUUUUUUCUUGAAUUAUCUACGGGAUCAAACAAUACAUCUUCUACAAAACUCAAAGUCAACAACACCAUCACCUGCUAAAACCCCUUCAGCUCAGAAGAUAAAGAAAUGUGUCGACGAAAAUAAAAGUUCCUCGUCAUCAUCAAAGAGAGUUCAGCUUUUUGGUGCAAGCCCUGGCGAUGGAAUUGAUGACAUAAAACCAACCAGUGGGUCAUUUUUCUCCCCUAACACAUCAACUGAGUUUAGAACACCCACUUUGAAAACACCUUCAAAUCAAGAUAACAGAGGGAAAGGAGACAGAAAAUCAGGUGCUGUGUGCAUAGGGGAAUCUGUUAAAAGCCAGAACUUCCCUGCAGGAUGGAAUUCAUUGGAGAAGGACCAUAAAUCUAGGGGUAGUAAAAGCAAUACUCCACAUAGUGGAAGCAAAAGUAAUCAGGAUGGCAGAUCAAGACAUAGAUUCAGUCUUGGAGAGUUCAUAGUGUCCCCAGAAGUAUCAAACUCUUCAGGAAAGAAGAAGAAUUCUCCUUUUUCUUCUGGCAGAAAAAAUGAGAGGUGCACUGACAAUACUCCUUCACCUAUUGCCACUCAAGUAAAGUCUGGCCACAACAAGCGUCAUUCAGUUGAAUCUGACUAUAGAAAUUUUAUUCAGACAGCCCCCGUGUUUAGCUUGGGUAGUACAGAUGAGUUUCCACCUGUUGGGGGAGAUGGUAAACCAGUCACACCGAGAAUGCACGACCUUGCAGGGGAUAAGGGCAAUCUAACAAAUAUGAUUUUGAGAAAUUCCCCAAACUUUGACAACACUCCUCGAGCACUGAAAUCUAAUUCUAUCACAAAGUCUCGUAGAAUUAGCUUCACCACCGUGAGUACUGGUCAACAAGAGGGGUCUACAGAGUCAAAUAACACGCCCUCCAGAAGGAUUAACCCUACCCCUGUCUCGGGGAAGCCUUUUCGCAGACAGACAAAUGCCUUCAUAGAACAAGAAUCUACAGAAAACAAGGAAAGCAGUCCUGGUGGUGACUCAAGUCACUUGGAGGAGGAAAGAGAAUUACUCAGGAGAGAGAAAGCCAAGCGUAUUCAAAGCAAAGCUGAAAACAAAUCUGAGGGCCUGGACUUCCCGUCCUGUAAUACACCCACCAAGUUACUGGAUCGCUCUGUGAGCACUGUAGACAUAGUCGUGGCCGACAUAGCUGAGGUCACACACCGAAUUGAAUUGGAUAAGUUAGUACAUCUGUACUCAGCCUGUCUCAGUGAAAAUUUAUUUCCCAAUCUGACUAUGGAGUUGUACUUUCUGAUGCAGUUGUUAACCUCACGCAGUAUUGACAUGGAGCUUAUAGCUGUGUGUGGUGAAGAUGUGCUGGAAAAUAAUUUCUUUUCCACUGUUCAUAAUGCUGUUUUUUUUGCUGUUAGUGUUAUGACGCAACAAAAGAGGCUGCUACAGUGCCUUGAUAAAGGGACACUAAGGCUUUUGUCAGAGAACACAAGAAUCACGCAAUUCUCUCCAGAUCUGAGCAGUUGGUUGUCGGACAUUUUAGACAGCAAGAAUCAACAGGUUGGUCCUGUAUACUCAAAGUCUCCUAUUGGAAGUGUGUCAUUCCAAGCAGAAACUGACAACAGGAAAAACUUCCCUGAUGACAGAACAUUUCACUUAUUUAAAAGACAAAGGGACGGGUUUUACGAGAUUCUUCGUUUAUGGGAGCGACAACACAUGACCCCUGGCUGGUCCGUCAGCGAAGCCCUGGGAGACAGGAUUCGGGCUCUGGUCAGCGCCAAAACGGAACUCUCCAAUCACCUUCACUUUGCCAGGCUGUUCCAGUCCCAGCUUAUUGCUAUGUGUAAAGGGGAUAGCAGUGUGAUGGUUGAAACUGGAGAUGAAAACAUUGCCUUGUUAAAUCAGUUAAAGCGCUCCAAUCCAGAAAAAUUUAAAAAAUUACAGGAGAGAUUUUUCAAGCCUCUGAGUUUCGGUGGACCCUGCCCUGUACCUGCAUUCCCAGGGUGUCAGGAAUUCUUCCAUGACUUUAUCAUUGCUGCCUCCAGCACUAUUUUCAAUCAGCACCUGAGUGAUACCUUUGCUUCCAAAAUCUUAGAGUUGAACUCUCUGAACUUUAUAUCUGAAGAAGAAACAGGAAAUGAAGAUUCUGAUGAUGAACUAAAAGAAAUCUUUAUUUCCAAUUUAUUCACGCUGAGACUUUUGGGAAAGUUUCUCGGCUUUAUAACUUUCCUACCAUAUCGAACAACCAUGAAAUUGCCAGAUGAAAUGGAAGCAACAUAUUUGUCGAUCAGGAAAAAUCACUUGCCAUACCUGGACUUAGUGAAAUGUAUCAAAGAGGCCCUGACCCUCAGUCGUCUGACCCUUACUGUUCCCUGGGUGGUGGAAUUCCUCAGCAUGAUGGAUGUGGUGGCUCCCAAAAUUGACCAUUUUCAGCUGACACUGUAUUUACUGUUGGUCAUUCACAGAGCUUGUUGGAGAGACUUGGACCGAGGCAGUUAUGGCUACCUGCUCAUUGUGACAAUGAUUAGCUGGUUGUUAGAUAUAUCUGUUAUACCAGAGGGCUUCUUCUUUGUUGAGAUUCCUGUUCAUGUUUUCGAGAUUGUGUCAUCCGUCAAACAGAAAUCCACAACUCACUUGGAUAGCAUUGGAUUUGUGGACCAGAGCGUGUAUUACUCCUGUUGCCCAUACUUACUGGAGCUAAGGACCCUGUUGACAGAGUUUGCAGUGGGAAGCAGCAGUAAAACUUCAACCAUCAGAAAAAUCACUCCCAUCUCUGCAGAAGACACAAGUGUUCAUAAACCAUCAGAUGUUCAAAUCCAGCUACAAUUGGAGGAGAAUUUUUUCCACAACCACCCGGCCUCUCUACGGAGAUGUGUGGACUUUGUGGCAGAGAGGACUGCCUCCAACUUCAUCAAGAAGUUCCGCACGUCCUCGUUACAGACUCUCCUCACCCAGAGUCGAGAGGCGCUGAACACCCACCUCAUGGCCCAGGCUGGCGGGUCUCCUAGCGGGAAAGCCAAGGAUAAGUUGCAACAUGAUAUAUUAAAGAUUGCACAGGAUCAUGUCGCCCAAGCCAAGGCAGUGGUGGCUAAAGAUGUGGGCAGCUACUGUGAGGGUAGGAUCAAAGCCCUGGUACUGUUGCUACUGCCAGACGAACAGUCAGAGUCCGUGAAACAGACUGCAACAGAAAUCUCAACUCGCCUGUCCCAGGAAAAAGUCCACUCCUGGAUCAAUAAACACAUCACUGUCCAAAUGUUCCAGUCAGAGCUCUCUCUGGAGUUGGACAGGAUAUUGAAAUCCCAGCUACUCAACCAGACUCGUUCUGUCAGCGGCCCAGCAGAGAUUUCUGUGUCAGGGAAUCCGGUUGAAUCUGGUUUUGAGGUCAUUGCCAAGGAGCAUGAUGAUAGCACCAGGUUUCCCUCUGAUGUACUUAUUGACAUCAAAGAUAUGGUGAAGUUGGUCAUACUUAAAAACGUCAGCCCUGAAAAAAUAGCUGUGAAGAACCUCUUGGUGGAGACGAAAACCAUUUUAGAGAAAAGACAGGACUGGCUUCCAGGAAUCUUCAGAUCUUUUGGCCAACUUAUUCUUGACCUCUGUCUUUCAUUAAUGUGUUAUUUUCCUGAGGAUUGGACAGUUGAAGAUUUGGAUGAGUUUGAGGUGCUGUGGACGGGCUCCUUGAAAUCCGCCAUUCCAUUCUCCUCAGCUGUCAAUAGUUACACUUUUAAAUUGCUUGAGGAUUCUCCAAAGCCAAAGUUUGCCUGGAUGAACUUUGAGGAGCUGCUUUUGAUGUUCCUUAGACUUUCGUUACUGAGCACCAGUGAUCUGCAGCAGAGCUGUUUAAAUGUACUGUCUGGAACUCAGGACUACGUAGAAAACUUGGCAGUCUGUCUUUGUCACAUUGUGGAAAAGCUGGAAACCGAUCCAGAUCAUUGUACAGACGAGUGUGAGUUGGGAGAUGUUCUAGAGUGGAUCUACCAAGUUUGUGGAGCAGAGAGCCCAGUGUCACAUCUUAUACUUCAGACUCUUAAGUUAGAUUCCCCACCAGGACACGAGUCAGGUGGGUCUGUAACGGACCACAGUCCGAUUCGCUUGGAUUCAAGAUCUGAUAGUUCCAGUGAAACUGAUAAAGUCCAUGGUAAGGACAGACCAAGUAAUUCAGAAUCCAACUUGGUGGAGUGUUUGCACAAGAAUAAGAAAUUGUGUUCUAAGAUGAACAAAUGUUCAAACAAUUGUUGCGAACGAAUGGACGGCAUUCAUGUGAAACUUGAUGGCUUGUCUGUUUCUAUGCAAGACCUUGAUGUUUCAGUGCCCAAAUAAUAAUCUCUUUGUUGGAUUAGAGCCUGUGAUUGCGGAAGUCUUUCAUUAUGACAGUGAAGAGUCUAGUCUAUUUCACUGCUUAAAAAAAUCCUGUGUUAUUGGUAAUGCUGCAUCUUUGUUGACCUAUCGACUUUGUUCAAUGGAUACCAUAAACCACUUAUAAAUUACAGUCACAGCAAUUAACAUCGCUUAAACAUAUACAUUGUAUCUACGUGAACUUAUUUGUAACAUGUACUUUAUAGGUCAAAUUUCAAAAUUAUUUUUUCAACACAGUAAGUUCAAUGGAGAGGCAUUUAUUUGUAUGAAAUCAUUGUUAGUGAUCUUAAUUUUUCCCUUGUGAAAAUGUUAAUAAAUAUCUCUUCAGGAACAUGGU